AUGGUACUUUCGGCCUUAUCCUCGCCCUCCAGCAUGCUCGUCCUUCACCCUCCCCCAGGGGCCCCCUCAUCUUCGACCCCCGGUCGGCCGGACUGUCCACUUAGCAGCAGCAAUGAACGGUCAAACCCACCACUCUCUGAGCUCCUUGGGGGAGGGGGGCAGGCCCUUGGCCUGUGCCAUUUCCAAUCCAAGCCCGCCUACCCUGUCGAGCGCCGCUACCAGACUCCGUAUCAUCUGGCCGUGAGGUACCUCAGUCCUCGCCGCUAUACUUGCCUUCCAACACCACACAACCUUGCGCCAUAUGGUACGGGUCAGGAAGACGAGGAGAGCGAGCGAGCGAGCGGGCGACAGAUGGAGGAGAGAACCCUACCGCUCUUCUGCCUUCUGCCUCUCCGCAUCUGCACCUCUCGCUCUGGAGUCUGCGCUCUGCUUCGACCUCUCGGUGCCCCAUGGACCCUGCCCCAUGCUCUCUUGAGCUCUGCCAUGUCCGUACCGCUACCGCCGUACCACAACCAGCAUCGAGCAAAGUGCGGAUACCGCAGUACCCCAGAUAGCCAAAGAGGCGAGGACGAAGAGUUGGGUGAGUUCGACGAAGAAAAAAGAGAAGCAAAGAUCAAGGACGACCAAGACGAUCCACCUGCUCUCCACGAGUCCCCGAUUUCUGAAGAAAAGGGCAUUCCCUCGCUUCGCAUCGUCACCAUCCUCGGCUCCUUUCGUGCAACCCGUCUUGCAAUCGAGGGAGACCCAUCACAGUCUCCUCUUCUGCCACCUCGACAAACGGCUUCUCCAUCGGUCAGCCUGCACCCACUGCUGCUGCCAAUUCGACAAGACACAACUACCCACCCACCUACUGCCAUCUACACCAACUCCAGAUGCUACGAACAUAGAAGCGUCUGA